GGAGACGGAGCUGGGGCCCUGCCGGUUUGCGGCCCCCCGCGCCUUCCCGCAUCCUUCCUUGAGAAUCUGAAUCUCCUGCUUCUGGAGUUUUCCUCGCGCUUGCUGGUGGGGAGGGGAGCGUGGGAACCGUGCCCGCUGGCUUAGUUCAGCUCCCCCCGGCUUCGUGCUCCGCAUGGGAAUGGGAAGCCCCCAGCGCUGCCUAGUUGGCCUCUUGGCUUGCACCGGGGUCAGGCGUUUCAGGAGAGAAAACUUUGCCGAGUGUCCUUGGAAUCACUGGAAACUCGAAAGUAUUGGAACUGGGCUGGUAUCUGAAAAGAUGAGGGCUUUGUGGAAUUAAGGCUUCUGGUGGAGAAGACCCUGAGGAGAUGAAGUCCAUUUCCCCACCCGUGAACACUUCCAUUUCCUGUAUGAUGCAGAGGUUUUGUAAUGCCUGUGACCAGUGUUUGUGCUGCUUGCAUGCAGGAAGUCUGGCCAGAUGUCUCUUCUGGCUUCAUGUGUGUGAAAACAAGGGAAAAAAAAUGAAACAGGAGUUUUAAACUUUGAGGACUCAUCAUGGAAGACUCAGAAGGACACCACUUCAGCUCGGCGGAAGAGGAAACCAGAUACUGGAAAGAGCUGGCUGUGAAAUACAAGCAGUGUGCUGAGAAUACACAGGAGGAAUUGCGUGAAUUCCAAGAAGGGAGUCGAGAGUAUGAAGCUGAACUGGAGACUCAGCUGCAGCAGACAGAGUCCAGAAACAGAGACCUUCUGUCAGAAAACAAUCGUCUGCGAAUGGAACUGGAGUCAGUUAAGGAAAAGAUUGAAAUGCAGCAUUCAGAAGGAUACAGGCAAAUCUCUGCGCUGGAAGAUGACUUGGCACAGACAAAAGCUAUUAAAGAUCAACUUCAGAAAUACAUUCGAGAACUCGAGCAAGCAAAUGAUGACUUGGAAAGAGCAAAAAGAGCCACUAUAAUGUCUCUGGAGGAUUUUGAACAGCGUUUAAACCAGGCUAUUGAAAGAAAUGCUUUUCUGGAGAGUGAGCUGGAUGAGAAAGAAAACCUGCUGGAGUCUGUGCAGCGCCUGAAAGAUGAAGCUAGAGAUCUACGACAAGAGCUUGCAGUGCAGCAGAAACAGGAGAAACCCAAAACACCGAUGCGAGCUACCCUGGAAACAGAAAGAACAGACACUGCAGUUCAAGCAUCCUUAUCUGUGCCUUCAACUCCCUCGGUGCACCGGGCACCCAACAUCAACAUACCUACCCCUGCGACAUUUAGGAGAGGUCUUGAAGACAGUUAUGGUGCAACCCCACUCACACCUGCUGCAAGAAUAUCUGCACUUAACAUCGUGGGAGACUUGCUGCGAAAAGUGGGGGCUUUAGAGUCCAAACUUGCAUCUUGCCGAAACUUUGUGUAUGACCAGUCUCCAAACAGAACCACGGUGUCCAUGUACAUGAACAGAGAUGUCCUUGAAACACGCUUGAGUCCGCAUCAGCCUCUGUGUGAUACAGGGUUAGUGAAACGCCUGGAGUUUGGAACACGGCCUUCAAAUAUUCCAGGACCAAUGAGCCAUCCCUCGCAAAGUGUUGUCAAGAUGCUGUUGUGAAAAUCCUGGCUUUGGAGGAGGGGAAAAAAAAUUUAAACUUUAGUUGCAAAGAGAAUAUUAAUAAGCAAUCAGGCAGCAGUCUUGGGUAGGUGAGAACUGAACAAGAAGCUGCAACUUGCAGUGGCCUCCUGUGGCCUUGCCCAGUAUGGCCUCUCAGCCAAGUUCUGUGGGUAGUGUGAUAAAGCAGUGCUGCCUGGCAGUGCAGGACUUCGAAUUGCUUCCUGCAUCAGUUCCUGUAUGUAGCUCCUUGAAAGUUGCUUCUUUUGACACUGCCAGUCAAAGCCAUUGUCCCUCAACCUACAACAGAGACAGUAUUCCCUAUGCAGCUCCUUAGGCUUGGCUUUUGGUGUUAAUACAGCAUCUUGGUGUUCUGGCUUAAAUUCUGGUUGUGCUGGCUUUCAGUCAUCGGUGUUCUGUGUUGCAGUCACCUGAACUAGAGGAGUGUUUUUAUGUGGAGAAAGGUGUAUUGCUGUGGGGAAGCUGCUCAUCUCUUUGUGUGAUGUUUGCUGGUCAGAAUCUUGCUACACAAAAAGUUGCCUCCAUAGUGGUGAGAUGGUUUUGUAAGCAAUGAUUUGCCAUUAAGAACAGGUCAUGGUUAAAGGUGAGGAAUGUUUAGUACUUAGAGCACUUGGGAGAUCCCAGAGCUAAUAGCAAGGUAGGAGACUUUGGACUGGCUUA